GAGCCCACUGAGGUGAGAGGAAGAACUCUUGAGCUGCUUGGUUCUAAUCUGACAGAAAAGCAGCCAUGGAGAUGGUAUCUGAGCAAUUCAAUGGGAGCCAAAUAUGGAUGCCCUCUCCGUUUGACGUCAAUGGCUCAGUGGGGCCAAGCAAUGGCUCCAACCAGACUGAGCCAUACUAUGACAUGACAAGCAAUGCAGUCCUCACGUUCAUCUACUUCGUGGUGUGCGUUGUCGGGCUGUGCGGCAAUACGCUUGUCAUCUAUGUCGUCCUCCGCUAUGCCAAGAUGAAAACCAUCACCAACAUUUACAUCCUCAACCUGGCCAUUGCAGACGAACUCUUCAUGCUGGGGCUGCCCUUCCUGGCCAUGCAGGUGGCACUGGUCCACUGGCCUUUUGGCAAGGCCAUCUGCAGGGUAGUCAUGACUGUAGACGGCAUCAAUCAGUUCACCAGCAUCUUCUGCUUGACCGUCAUGAGCAUCGACCGUUACCUAGCCGUGGUCCACCCUAUCAAGUCAGCCAAGUGGAGGCGACCUCGGACAGCCAAGAUGAUCAAUGUGGCCGUGUGGGGCGUCUCUCUGCUGGUCAUUUUGCCUAUCAUGAUAUAUGCUGGCCUACGGAGCAACCAGUGGGGGAGGAGCAGCUGUACCAUCAACUGGCCAGGUGAAUCUGGGGCGUGGUACACAGGGUUCAUUAUCUAUGCCUUCAUCCUGGGUUUCCUGGUGCCCCUCACCAUCAUUUGUCUUUGCUACCUGUUUAUCAUCAUCAAGGUGAAGUCCUCUGGAAUCCGAGUGGGAUCAUCCAAGAGGAAAAAGUCAGAGAAAAAAGUCACCCGAAUGGUGUCCAUAGUGGUGGCUGUCUUCAUCUUCUGCUGGUUGCCUUUCUACGUCUUCAAUGUCUCUUCCGUGUCCGUGGCCAUCAGUCCCACCCCGGCCUUGAAAGGCAUGUUUGACUUUGUGGUGAUCCUCACCUACGCCAACAGCUGCGCUAACCCCAUCCUGUACGCCUUCUUAUCUGACAACUUCAAGAAGAGCUUCCAGAAUGUUCUCUGCUUGGUCAAGGUGAGUGGUACAGAUGAUGGGGAACGGAGCGACAGUAAGCAGGACAAAUCCCGGCUGAAUGAGACCACGGAGACCCAGAGGACCCUCCUCAACGGAGACCUCCAAACCAGUAUCUGAGAUACCUGGAAACAUGACACGCGGGCGCGUGCACACACGCAUGCACAAGCCAAGCCUGCCUCUUGGCAGCGCACUUCCCACCCACCCGCUUCCUGCCACCCCAACCAUCAUAGCUGGCUUGUUCUACAUGAGCCCAGUUCAGGGGACAGGAUUUGAGUCUGCUUGUCAGAGAGUAGAGUCACUGAUUAUGUCUCCCUUAAAGUGAACGUUUUCGUGCAGGCAGACAAUUCAAAGCCUGGAGAAGAGGACAUCAUUGCCUGGGUGUGACGUUGAGGAAAGCAGCUGCCCAGGAGAAAUCGAAACAAACAAAAAAACAAACAAAAAAAACACAA